AUUUUAUUAUCACAUCACCUAAUUGCAAAUAAAAUAAAAUAAAAUAAAAUAAAAUAAAAAUUAUUAAUUAGUUUUCAGCUAAAGAUUGUUAUACGAAAUUUAAUUUCUUUUAUAUAAAUUUCCAAAAUUAGUUUGCUCAUAUUCUAGGGUUCUUUUACCCUUCCUCUCUCUCCCAUAUCUUCGUUUUCUUCGGAGAUUUGGGAGUUUUUUUUUCGCAAUUUGAUCAUUGUUUUGAUCAAGAGAGAUCUGCUGAAUUCUGGAUUUGAACCGAUUCGAAUUAAAAAAAGUUCUUCAAUUUUGAAAUCCGAAUUGCGAUUUUGCCGGUGCAGUUUGAUCUGUUUAAGACGAUUUCCUUGGGUGAAGCGGAUCAGAUUGAAGAUCAAAUUUGUGGACCCUCGGAAUUUUUUAUUGCGCUGUUUUUGGGUAGAAAUUGAAGAGUUUUGAAGGAGGUUCGAUUUUGAAUGUGGGUUUGUAUAAUGCUGAUUUAGGGGGGUGAUUUUUGUUCUGGAAAUGGCAUCUGCUCAAGUUUUACCCAAGCCUGCGGUUUCAUCCCGUAAAAAGAAGGAUUUGGAAGCUGGUAAACGUUUGCUGGAAGAGUUCAAAAAGAAGAGAGGAGCGGCCAAAAAGCAACCAUCAUCUAGCCAACCUCGUACUGAUGAUACUACACCAUCUGAGAAACAAGCUGCAGGAUAUGGACAAGCAUUGUCUGUCAAUGCUCUUACUGAUGAUAGCUCUGACGCAGUGUCAGGAGCUUCUGUUUUUUCUAACCACACUGGCAAAUCACAUGUUUUCACUCAUUAUAAUGGGUCUGAAUCGGUUUCUCCUGCACACAUCGAUACCCAAAUUGAUAAGUUAAGCGGACCUGAGUUGCUUCAGAAAUUACCUAAUCAAGUGGGAAAGGGCCAUGAGGAUCCACUUUUAAACUACCAGUCAGGUUCUGACUUUCCACAAUUAGCAGAUGAUAUUAAUGGUAAGUCUGGGAGUGAUACAGGAAGAGGAAGAUUUGCAGAUGCAAUAUCGUCUAGUAGACCCAGUGCUUCUCAAGUUUAUAGUAGUAGUGAGUCUCACUCAAAUUCUUAUGGAUCUGAUAAGUACUUUAGUUCUUCUGUAAGCUUUCCAAAUGCAAAUGGAGGCACCAAUGAUUUUGCUGCUAAAGUCUUUACCAAGGGACAUGUCACCAAUGUUUUAGAUCAGGAGUCUGAUUCAGUUCUCUCGCGUAUGGAUUUGCCAGCAUCUUCGUCAGAGUUUGGUCAUAGCCAUCUGGAGUCGAAGAAUCAUUUAACAUUUGGUUUGGAGGAAAGACAGCCUAGUAAUGCAGUGGGGAAUUUGACGGGUUUUGGAAGUCAAUGGGCAUCUGAAUCACGUUCAACUGGUUUAAACUCUAACACGGGUGGUUUAUUUAAUGGUCCCUCACAUUCAGUUGUUGCUGAACCAUUUCCCAGAAGAUCUCGUCCUUCUUUCCUUGAUAACAUUGUUAAAGAUUCUUCUGUUUCUGGCCGCCCUUUUGUUGAGAAAGACAAGUUCACGAAUGCAACACUUCCCGGCAGCAAUGCUGCUGCAUCGUCUGCAAUUCAUGAUUCUUCUACAGCAUAUUCUCCCAUCGAACCCCUUCCGACACCGGCUUAUUUUAAUCCAAGUGAUGAUUUCUUUAGCAAUGCGUCAAGGGGACACACGUCAUUUGAGCACAGCGUGGAGAACAAGUUGGAAUUCACUUCACAGAAACAAAACGAAGAUUUUGCCGCUUUGGAGCAGCACAUUGAAGAUUUGACGCAAGACAAGUUCUCUUUGCAACGCACAUUGGAGGCCUCUAAAACUUUGACUGAGUCAUUAGCUUCUGAGAAUUCUUCCUUGACGGAGAGCUAUAAUCAGCAAGCAAGCAUUGUGAGCCAGUUAAAGGCUGAUAUGGAAAGAUUGCAGGAUGAAAUCAAGGCCCUUCUGGCUGAGCUUGAGGCUAUCAAGGCUGAAUAUGUGAAUGCACAGCUUGAGUGCAAUGCAGCUGAUGAGCGUGCAAAGCUCCUGGCUUCUGAAGUUAUUAGCUUGGAAGAGAAGGCCCUUAGAUUAAGAUCUAAUGAGCUGAAGUUGGAGAGGGAAUUGGAAAACUCAAGUGCUGAAAUUGCUUCCUACAAAAAGAAAAUGUCUAGCCUUGACAAAGAGCGCCGAGAUUUGCUGCAGACAAUUGAUGCUUUACAGGAAGAGAAAAAGUUGCUCCAGUCUAAAUUAAGGACAGCUUCAGCUGGUGGAAUUCCAAUUGUUCCUAGCAAGGGACAUGUGAAAAAAGAUGCUUCAACUUCUACUAACGAUUUAGGUCCAGAUGAAACAAGAGAUAGCUCUGAACAAGCUGCAUCCAACAUUCAAAUGCUUGAAAAUGUCGACAACUUGCUGCUUUUACAGAGUAAUUCUGCUGGUCACGAAGAUUUUGCUUUGAGUAUUCCCCCGGACCAAGUGCAAACGAUACAAAAUAUCAACUCACUAAUUACCGAGAUAAUAUCGGAAAAAGAGGAGUUGAUGCAAGCUCUGAUUACUGAAGUCUCAACAAGUACUAAGCUGAAGGAAUUGAACAAGGAGCUAUCUCAGAAACUUGAAGUUCAGACCCAAAGACUGGAGUUGUUGACAGCCCAAAGCAUGGCAAGUGAGGGUAUUGUUUCCAAGCAGCCUACUGCUUCUCAUAUUGUACGGGAAACCGUUGCAUAUGCAGAUGAAGGCGAUGAGGUGGUUGAGCGAGUGCUGGGAUGGAUAAUGAAGUUAUUUCCUGGAGGGCCGUCAAAGCGGAGGACCAGCAGACUCUAAGUUGAGUAUAAAGCUUGGAUCAUUCGUUGUCCGUACUCCUUAGUCGCAUUUUCAGGGCUAGAGUAGAGGAUAAAUACUGUAUAUCAUGUGUUUGACAUUUUGUUUAUUCUUUUCACUUAAGGAAGAAUUUCAAAAUGUUCAAAAAUGAGCAAUUUUCUUAGAUACAUUAGAUUGUUUGGAAAUUUUAAUUACACAUUUAUUUGACACAGGAAAAUAAUUUCAUUUCUUUGUACUUAAUGUUUCUUAAAAUGUGUUUUCUUUUUCUUUGGUGUACAACCGAAGGAUUUUUGAUAUAAGAUGUACAAAUCGUGUA